AUGACUCAGGCAUCGCUUCAUACCAUGGUUCCUCCAUCAGCCUCCAAUAUACCUCAGAAACAAAAAUACAACAAGAAUGCGACCGCAAAACUUGAUAUUCCUGUCCUAAAGCCAUAUAAUUAUCAUGAUUCAUCACAAUACUCCCUCUCAUCUGUCAAUGAAACUACAGCAUCAGUCUCUGUCACAUCUGAAAAUUCACUAAUAUUAUUUCAAGCACCUGCUUCACCAGAAGAUUCUCCUGAGACAGCAUCGUCAUCUUUUCUUCCCAUCCCGUCCUCUGCAGAAUCUCUACCAGGUCUUUCUAAAGCACACAGACCAUAUCGGCGAAUUCCAGAACUUGUCGUACCCAUUCUUCCCCCGUAUAUCCAAUCACUUAGCGCUGCUGUAGAGCUUAGAAGUAUCAAAGUUCUGGACGGUGGAAAACUUAAAACAUUCAUCAAGAAAUCAAUUGCAAAUGCUGAAUUCAUCCGCAGAAUAAUAGAAGCACAAAACUCGUCCUUGCCCAGUAUAUCCGAUGCCACUCUAACCCACGAUCCUGCUGUAGAAGACCAUGACACUGGAGACACGAAUCUGGAUCGGAACGAGCUUGAAGAUGAGCAGACCUCUCCCGAUGAGCUAGAUGACAGUGAGCGGCAGCUUAGAAGCAGGGUGUAUGGUGCAGCAUAUCUGGAUGAAGAUGGAGAAAUGGUUUACGGUGAUGUAGAAGGCGAGGAUGAAUUUGUCGACAAUGAAAGAGAGUCCGAUGCCGAAGAACUGAACAGCGUGGAGCUGGGAGGAACUGCUAGCAAAGACGAGAGCAUGUGGUUUUCUGAUGAUAUUCUGGAUGGAGACUCUGAUGAUGAUAAACCAGCAUAUUCCUUCCUUCCAGUGUGGGAUUCGGCGAGAUACGAUGCGUUUGAGCGCGUCUGA